GGCCGGCGGCCGGGGUCCCGCGGGCGGAAGUGAGAAGGGCGGCAGGGGAGGAGGCUGUGGGCUGGGGGCUGGGAUUCCCUUCCCGCCUGGCGCCGCCUGGGAGAGCCCGCGCGAGGACGCCCGGCGCGCUCCGCCGGCCCUUUUUUGGCGCUGAGGAAAAGGAGAAGGGCAGGGCCGCCGCCUCGCGGGAGCGGGCCCCCGGAGGAGGGGCCGCUGGAGAGGCCGGGCGAGUGCGGGCGGCCCUCACCUCGCCGCUCCUCCCGGGCCGCCAUCCCUCGGCGCCCAGCCCGGAACCGGCGCGCGCGUGGGGGCGGGGAGGCCGGCGCGCAGAUCUGGCGGCGAGCGCCGCCGCUCCGGGGCCCCCAGCCAUGUCGGCCGAGGAAAUGGUGCAGAUCCGCCUGGAGGACCGCUGCUACCCGGUGAGCAAGAGGAAGCUCAUCGAGCAAAGCGACUACUUCCGCGCCCUCUACCGCUCCGGCAUGCGCGAGGCCCUGAGCCAGGAGGCCGGCGGCCCGGAGGUGCAGCAACUGCGCGGCCUCAGCGCGCCGGGCCUGAGGCUGGUGCUGGACUUCAUCAACGCCGGCGGGGCCCGCGAAGGCUGGCUCUUGGGCCCGCGCGGGGAGAAGGGCGGCGGGGUGGACGAGGACGAGGAAAUGGAUGAGGUGAGCCUGCUGUCCGAGCUGGUGGAGGCGGCCUCCUUCCUGCAGGUCACGUCUCUGCUGCAGCUGCUGCUGUCCCAGGUGCGGCUCAACAACUGCCUGGAGAUGUACCGCCUGGCGCAGGUGUACGGGCUGCCCGACCUGCAGGAGGCCUGCCUGCGCUUCAUGGUCGUCCACUUCCACGAGGUGCUGUGCAAGCCCCAGUUCCACCUCCUGGGAUCUCCUCCCCAAGCUCCAGGGGAUGUCAGCCUGAAGCAGAGGCUGAGGGAGGCCCGGAUGACUGGAACUCCUGUCCUCGUGGCCCUCGGGGACUUCCUGGGGGGACCCCUGGCCCCUCACCCCUACCAGGGGGAGCCCCCGUCCAUGCUCAGGUACGAGGAGAUGACUGAGCGUUGGUUCCCGCUGGCCAACAACCUUCCUCCCGACCUGGUCAAUGUCAGGGGCUAUGGGUCGACCAUCCUGGACAACUACCUCUUCAUAGUGGGCGGGUACAGGAUCACUAGCCAGGAGAUCUCCGCUGCGCAUUCCUACAACCCCAGCACCAACGAGUGGCUCCAGGUGGCCUCCAUGAACCAGAAGAGGUCUAACUUCAAACUUGUGGCUGUUAAUUCAAAACUCUAUGCCAUUGGAGGGCAGGCCGUUUCUAACGUUGAGUGUUACAACCCUGAGCAGGAUGCGUGGAAUUUUGUGGCGCCCUUACCCAAUCCUCUGGCUGAGUUCUCUGCCUGUGAGUGUAAGGGAAAAAUUUAUGUCAUUGGAGGAUACACUACCAGAGACCGGAACAUGAACAUUUUGCAGUACUGCCCCUCUUCCGACAUCUGGACGCUGUUUGAAACUUGUGACGUCCACAUUCGCAAGCAGCAGAUGGUGUCUGUGGAAGAGACCAUCUACAUCGUCGGGGGGUGUCUCCACGAACUGGGGCCCAACCGCAGGAGCAGCCAGAGCGAAGACAUGCUCACCGUGCAGUCCUACAACACCGUCACCCGCCAGUGGCUCUACCUCAAGGAGAACACGUCCAAAUCGGGUCUUAACUUGACUUGUGCGCUCCAUAACGACGGCAUCUACAUCAUGAGCAGAGAUGUCACCCUGUCGACCAGCUUGGAGCACCGAGUGUUCCUCAAGUACAACAUCUUUUCAGAUAGUUGGGAAGCAUUUCGGCGUUUUCCAGCUUUUGGACAUAACUUGCUGGUUUCUUCUCUUUAUCUGCCCAAUAAAGCAGAAACAUGACUGAAUUGAAUUAGUAGAUGAAA